UACUUGUUUUUUUAAAACAACGUUACAUGUUAAUAAAAUGAAAUCUCCAUAAAAAGUUAAUGAAACGUAUAAUGAAUUAAGAAAUAGCACCUGGUUGUUUAACCUAGCAUAACUCAGCAUCAGUGUAAUUGAAACAAACAAAACAUUAUUCAGGUGUCAUUCAGGAUGCAAUAUAAUUUUAAGUGCCAAAUUAUUGCAUGUACCUAGUUUCUAACAGAUAUGAGAAAUUUAUGCUAUUUUUAUCGUUAGUUCCUGUAUUUUCAUUCAUUAAAAUACAUGCUUAAUGUUUGCCUUUUUCACCAAAAUGGAUGUUGUGGAGUGUAACCACUACAAUGAUGAUAUGGAACAUGUAUUAUUGGAUAAUGAAAAUGUAGGAAACUGUGAUAAAUGCCAUAAACACAAAAUACUAAAUGGCAAUUUGACCAGCAGGAACCUCAUUACUGAAAAUCCUAUGUUUGAUGAUUCUCGGACUGAUAAUUCAGAAGAUUCUCCUUUGCUUGCUUUGCCAAUUAAUGAAGGUUGUUUUAGGGACCAUGACAAUGGCGAGGGUGAAUUUCAUUGCCAUAACUCCUUGUCCUCCCAGCAUGAGGACUCCAGAGCGUUCAAGAAGUUGUUGGCCGCUUCGUUUUUUUGUUUUUUAUUUAUGAUUGUAGAGCUGGUUGGAGGGUACCUGGCAGGUAGCUUGGCCGUAAUGACCGAUGCUGCCCAUUUGUUUUCAGAUUUCGUAGGAUUUAUAAUCUCCAUUUUGGCUAUAGUAUUGGCAAAAAAAGCCGCUACUAAACGUAUGACUUUUGGAUAUCAUAGGGCGGAAGUUAUAGGUGCUUUUUUAAGUGUAUUGACAAUAUGGUUCCUAGCAGUAGUAUUUCUAGUAUUAGCUCUAAGGCGACUAUAUAAGGAAGAAUAUGAUCUAGACGCAAACACGAUGCUUAUUGUUGCAUCUAUAGGAUUAGCUGUAAACAUCAUUAUGGGUGGAGUGUUGCACGGCGUUUGCCAUGCUCAUAGCCAUGGUCCUUCAGUUCAUCAAGGCCCAGAAAACAUAAACGUGAGAGCAGCCGCAGCUCACGUAUUAGGAGAUCUCCUUCAAAGUGUUGGGGUACUGAUAGCUGCAGUCAUAAUAAAAGUCUUUCCUGAAGCACAAGCGGCAGAUCCAAUUUGCACCCUGAUCUUUUCUGUGAUUAUUAUUUUUACUACUGCCCAAGUGGGCAAAGACUCGAUUUGGUUAAUGAUGCAGGGUAGCCCGAUAAGCAGAGAUAAGUUAGCGGCGGAAUUAAAAAAAGUUACUGGGGUCAUACACGUGCACGACUUGAACGUGUGGUCGCUGGCACCUGGUAAAAACGUAGUGACGGCACAUUUAGCUGUUGAUGAAUACUGUGAUAAAGAUACGGUGGUUCAAGCCGCCACCGCUUCCAUUAAAAACCAAAUAUCGAUAUUUAGUUGUACGAUACAGGUAGAAACUUACAGUAUGGAUAGUGUGAUAGGUUGUAAAGACUGUAGAGUUCGAGAGUGCUGAUGUUCUUGGGUUUAUAGUUGAUUUUUACAUGCGGUAGAAUUUAACAUAUUGGUACGCCCAGGAUAAAGGGAAUACUUAAUUUCUUUACAUUUUUAAGCUUAACAAACGUGUCAAAAAGUUGCUUUAAAAGUUAUAUAGUGUUUCCUUUAUUCUAGGCCACCCGGUAUGACUCUCUUGAAAAUAAAAUUAUUAUUAUGUGAUUAAAAAUAUACAAAAGCGCAAUUUUUACACAUGUGCCAAUUAUUUAGUUGGUGACUUUUUAAAUAAAUUAUAUCAUUAUA